AUGCCAACCACAACUCCAUCUCAUCUAUCCACAGUAUCCUCUUCCCCUCAAAACUCCACGUCAUCAAUCCCAACGAUAGUAUCCGGAAUCAAUUGUGACACCAUUGAAUAUGUCCAAAGAUACUCGCCAAUCAUCCUCACGCAAGUUUUACAGCUAUUCUUGGCUUUCCUAUCAGUUGGAUUAGUGAUAAGUGGCCGGGUUGCUCAGCAUCAUUCAUAUUUUCAUCCGAAUGUCAAAAGUUUGCUGAAAGCGUAUCAUGCGGCACUUUUGAUGUAUGCUUUUGCUAUUGGGACUGCUCAGCGCACUAUCGCCACUCAACAUCUUGGAAGAGGCUAUGAAAAUCGACAGGGCACAAUUGGAAAAUUCUUCUCGUGGAGUAUUAUCCUAAUUUCCCUAACAAUUUCACUGGCAUAUCAUUACCCGGAUUUUUCGAAAAAUCGAGUUUGCACUCAUUGUAUUUACGAUCAGAAUCAAGUUCUGGUCCCGAUGGAGUUGAUGGUUUGGUUGGCAGGUCUGGCUACAGUAUCCCUUGGGUAUACGGUAGUCUUGUGGGUUUUCAAUAGGUGCAAGUUGAAGAAGAAAACGUACUCGCUGGCAAUCGAGUUCCAAAUCAAUCAGAAUCUUCGAAUUCUUCAACUGAUACUCCCCUUAUCUCUUAUCACUUGUUUGUCAUUUUUAUGGUAUUCAAUUUGUCCACAAUUUCUACCAGUAUCUGAUGACAUCGAUCCGGAGAAAAAGCAGUUUCAUGAGAUGGUGCAGAAUAUCUUCCCCCUCUACACCCUCAUCUCCUCAACCCUUUGGCUCCUAAUGAUGAUAUCAGAGAAGAAGAAAAAGCGAAUCCUAAUGGUGCUUCCAGAUCUUCGAAAAGACGAAAAAGACGUCUAUUUUCAAUCUCUAAAUGAUCAAUGGUCCAGAGUCCCAAAAGUUUCCUCAUCUCGUUUACAAAUUUUGACCGUUUUUUCCACGCCCAGGAGUUCAAUGGUUCCUACUUGA